GCGGCGCCACCGGCCGUCAACUAUCCUCCGUCCAGCGCAACCGCAAAGACCGUGAGAAGUAUAUAUAUAUAUAUAUAAAUGUUGAACUUAAUUUUUCUGAGUUGGGGCAUCCUCCGCGCGCAUCUGUGAGUUAUCAGUUUACAUAUAUAUAUAAGAAGCAAAAUUAAUGGCGGCGGGUUCAUCAGGCGGCGGCGGCGGCGGAGUUCCGCCGGGAUUCCGAUUCCACCCGACGGAUGAGGAGCUGCUGCACUUUUAUCUGAAGAAGAAAGUUUCAUUUGAGAAGUUCGACAUGGAGGUCAUUAGGGAAGUGGAUUUAAACAAGGUUGAACCCUGGGACCUGCAAGAGAGAUGCAAGAUCGGGUCAACCCCACAAAACGAAUGGUACUUCUUCAGCCACAAGGACAAAAAGUACCCAACAGGUUCUCGGACAAACCGAGCCACGAGCGCAGGCUUCUGGAAGGCCACCGGCAGGGACAAGUGCAUAAGGAACAGCUUCACCAGGAUCGGCAUGCGGAAAACCCUAGUCUUCUACCGGGGCCGGGCCCCCCACGGCCAGAAGACAGACUGGAUCAUGCACGAGUACAGGCUCGAACCAGAUCAUCAUCAUCAUCAUCAUAUGAUCGAUCCUCCUCACCCAACUGAGGAUGGGUGGGUUGUCUGCAGGGUGUUCAAGAAGAAGAACAUAUUCAAAGUUGGGAAUAAUAAUAAUAAUAAUAUUAUAACUGAAGGUACAGGACUACAUAUUGAUGAAGGUGGAGGUGGGGGGAUGAUGAUGAUGAUGAUAAAUGGAGGAGGAGGCAGCUCUGAUGACCAGCACCUCAAUGUCAACGUCAGCAAUACUACUGCAUCGACAUCGUCCCUGCAAUCUCGAUCGAUCUUCUCGCAAAGAAACCCUAAUACUAUUCUGAACCACCAUUAUUCUGACCAUCUAAGCAGCUUUCCUCAUCAUCUUUAUACAUACCAAUACCCUCCUCCUCCUCCUCCUCCUCCAAUGGAACCCCAAAACUUGAUGUCCUCCGCAAACCACAUUAUUAAUAAUAAAGCAUCGCUGUUAAGUGAUUACAACAUAGGUGCUACGAGUACAGACUAUGAGCAUCAUCAUCAUCAUCACCAACAAUCAGCUGUACCUCCUCUUAUACAAGCGAAGCAAUUAUUCAUGUCGUCUUCGUCCUCCGAUGAUCAGAUUGAGGGAGAUCAGAGGCAGAGCCCUGCUGCACUCGAAUGCAAUCAAGCUGCUGCUGCUGCUGCUAAUACUAAUCAAUGGGACGAUCAUGAUCAUCGAAUUGUCAUUAACAGUAGUUCUUCGCCUAAUCAGUUAUCUCUGCGGAGUGGGAUGGACUUUUGGUCUUUCGACAAGUAGCUACACACACGCACACUUAGUAUAUAUAUAUAUAUAUCCAUUUGAUUCACUGAUGGGGUCGUCACGAAAAUUAA